AGUGGAGGCGGUGUUAGCCAACAGCUAAUGUAACUUAGCUCUCUUAGUAAAGUGUGCCCUAAUAUUCAGCGUUAAUGUUGCUUGACCAAACGUGCUACAAUGCCGCGUUCAAAGUAUUUUACACCGCAUGAAGUGUCCGUGCACAAUACAGUAGGAGAUCUGUGGGUGUCGUAUUUGGGUAAAGUGUACAACCUGACACCUUUGAUUGAGAAACACGAAGGCGAUGUACUCUUUAAACCGAUUAUUGAAAGUGCAGGCAAGGACAUCAGUCACUGGUUUGACCCAAAAACGAAAGAUAUUAUCACCCAUGUUGACCAUUUAACUGGCUGUGUGAAGUAUCACACCCCCAGGGGGCGCUUUUUGCAUGUGCCCCCUACGUGCCCUCGCACUGACUGGGCCAAUGAUUUUGGGAAGCCUUGGUGGAAAGACGUGCGCUAUGAAGUUGGUAUUUUGACAGCCAAAUCUCGCUGGAUCCGCAUCAUCAACACCCUCACUGGCCAGGAACAGCGGCUGGAGGUAUGCUCUGAGGAAACACUCAAUGAGAUUUUGCACCGUUACCUGAAUUACAACUCUCAUGCAGCGAGCUACACCUGGAAGCACAACGGCGUCAAUCUGGACAUGAGUAAAAUAAGUGAAAACGGGAUUCCUGAUGAAGAUGAGGAACUGGAUUAUUGUUUGCUGGAUCGUGACUUCUUUAUUCCUUCUAUAUGUCUGUACUUCAAUGAUGACCUCACUGAACUCUAACCUGAGAAGGACUGUUAUCAUAAGUAAAAUGAAUGCUAAUGUUGCAGCCUAAAUCAAAUGAUACACUCCAAUAAAGUCAUGUUUUAAUGCUUCAUUGUAA